CGGAGCUUGCGGGUUGAUCAACUCCAAAAUGUUAUCUCAAAAUCUGUGCCAAGUUUGCAAAUGUUUGUUUCUGUGCAACCUGAAACUGAAUUCAGUAAAUGUGGCUGGUUUGGCUAGAAGGAUCUAUUCUUCAUCAAAAAAGCUUUCUGACUCUGAGUCAAAGGACCAAACUGUCCAGAAAUGUGAAACUGAAGAGUUGCCUCAAAGUACAGAAAACAAUAACUUUGGAAGGUUGCACAUACCAGUGAUGCUAGAGGAGGUUGUUAAUUGUUUAUCCCCUCAGCCAGGUCAGCUCUUCCUUGACAUGACGUUUGGAGCCGGAGGUCACACCACAGCUCUUUUAGAGAAAGCCAGCGACAUCACCGUGUACACACUAGACAGGGAUCCCACAGCUUAUAAAAUAGCUCAGCAGCUCUCAGAAACCUACCCGAAACAGAUUCAACCUCUUCUAGGACAGUUUAGCCAGUCAGAGGCUUUGUUAAUCUCAUCUGGGGUUGAGCCAGGGACUCUGGAUGGCGUUCUCCUGGAUGCUGGCUGCUCUUCUAUGCAAUUUGAUACACCCGAAAGAGGCUUUUCCCUGCAGAAGGAUGGACCUUUGGACAUGAGGAUGGAUAGUGACAGGUACCCUGACAUGCCCACUGCUGCUGAUGUUGUGAAUGCUUUAGAUCAACAGGCGCUUGCGUCCAUCCUGAGGACGUACGGGGAGGAGAGGCACGCUAAGAAAAUCGCUUCAGCCAUCGUUCGGGCACGCAGCGUAUACCCCAUCACCAGAACUCAGCAGCUUGCGAGCAUUGUUGCAGGUGCUUUCCCAGCAUCAGCUCUCUAUGCACGAAAGGACUUGCUUCAGAGACCUACACAUGUUGCUACUAAAACUUUUCAAGGCCUGCGAAUAUUUGUGAAUGAUGAGCUCCAUGAACUCUUCUUAGGACUCAAGACAGCUGAGAAGUUUCUAAAACCUGGAGGUCGCCUUGUAGCCCUCUCCUUUCAUUCACUAGAGGAUCGUAUUAUCAAACGUUUUCUUCAUGGAAUUGACAUGACAGAAAAAUACAAUCUGAGCUCAAAGCAGAAGAUAAGGCAGGCUCUGAAAAAUUCCUCCAAAGAAGAUACACAAGAAUAUCCCUGUGGAAAAUCCAACUCAAAGUGGAGUUUUAUACAGAAAAAAGUUCUCACACCCCAGGCCAAGGAUAUUCAAACAAACCCAAGAGGACGGUCGGCCAAGCUAAGAGCUGCUAUUAAACUCUAAACCAAAAUAUAUGAUCUUAUAAUUUCCAUAAAUUCUGUUUUCCAGAAUGCUAACUGGACGGAUAGUAUCAUACUGAAAAAAUAAAAUGAAGGCUGUUAAAAACAUUUCUUUCUUACCUUUGUGCUUCUUUUUGAUUAGGAAGUUGUAUAGAGUGUGAAAAUGCAAAAUAAAUGCUUAUAAAUGGGGAUCACUAAUUGUAAAAAAAAAAAAAAACAACAUAUUUUUUUAAAAGAGCAUCAAAUACCAAGUUUAUAAAAAUUGCAGGUUUGAUGUAUUUGUAGUAUUCCCUUUAGAAUAAUUUCAAAAUCCUGACAUUAACAGUCUAAAUUCAGUAGCUAGUUGAGACAUAUUUUUAUGGGGGCGAA